UGUCUGCGUGCCGGAGAGAACUUUCCUGCUCCGGCUGCGGCCCGGAGCCUCCGCCGCCUGGGUGCUCGCAGCGACGAUGUGCGGCGAUGACAACACCCUGAGCCGACCCGCGCCUCGGCCCACCCUUGGUGUCUGCUCCAGCCUGGCCUCAAGGGAAGACUGAGUCCGGAGCUGUCCGCGCGCCACGGGAACCCGGCGCAGGCGGCGGGGCGCGCGGGGCCCGUUUCCUCUGCGCCGUCCCCUCGCUUCCCGGCGCGUUCCCCGCGAUCGCGCGUCCCAGCGCCGGCCAAGGUCGCCGACUGUCCCCGCCCUGACUGCCGGCCCGGACGAGUCCCCGGCGGCCGCUGGCAGUGCCUGUGCCAUGGGGCUGCCUACUCUGGAGUUCAGCGAUUCCUACUUGGACAGCCCGGAUUUCAGGGAGCGCCUCCAGUGUCACGAGAUUGAGUUGGAGCGGACCAACAAGUUCAUCAAAGAGCUGAUUAAGGAUGGCUCUCUGCUCAUUGGGGCGCUGAGGAAUCUGUCUAUGGCAGUGCAGAAGUUUUCCCAGUCACUGCAAGAUUUCCAAUUUGAAUGUAUUGGUGAUGCUGAAACAGAUGAUGAAAUCAGUAUUGCUCAGUCACUAAAAGAAUUUGCAAGACUACUCAUCACAGUAGAAGAAGAAAGGAGAAGACUGAUUCAAAACGCUAAUGAUGUAUUAAUUGCGCCACUUGAGAAAUUUCGAAAAGAACAAAUAGGUGCAGCAAAAGAUGGAAAGAAGAAGUUUGACAAGGAGAGUGAAAAAUACUAUUCUAUUCUUGACAAACAUUUAAAUUUGUCUGCAAAGAAAAAGGAGUCUCAUUUGCAAGAGGCAGAUACACAAAUUGACCGAGAGCAUCAAAACUUCUAUGAAGCAUCACUAGAGUAUGUCUUUAAAAUUCAAGAAGUUCAAGAAAAAAAGAAGUUUGAAUUUGUUGAACCGCUUUUGUCAUUCCUUCAGGGUUUGUUUACUUUUUACCAUGAGGGAUAUGAACUCGCCCAGGAAUUUGCACCAUAUAAACAACAGCUGCAGUUCAACUUGCAGAAUACAAGGAACAAUUUUGAAAGCACUCGACAAGAGGUAGAGCGGUUGAUGCAAAGGAUGAAAUCUGCCAACCAAGAUUACAGACCACCCAGCCAGUGGACGAUGGAAGGCUAUCUUUAUGUCCAGGAGAAACGACCACUUGGUUUUACAUGGACUAAACAUUACUGUACAUAUGAUAAAGGCAGUAAAACAUUCACCAUGAGUGUUUCAGAGAUGAAAUCCAGUGGGAAAAUGAACGGCCUUGUUACCAGCUCACCAGAAAUGUUUAAAUUAAAAUCUUGUAUCCGACGGAAGACAGAUUCAAUUGACAAACGAUUCUGCUUUGACAUAGAAGUAGUGGAAAGGCAUGGGAUCAUCACAUUGCAGGCCUUCUCAGAAGCUAAUCGGAAACUCUGGCUCGAAGCCAUGGAUGGGAAAGAACCAAUUUAUACCCUGCCUGCCAUUAUGAGCAAGAAAGAAGAAAUGUACUUAAAUGAAGCAGGGUUCAACUUCGUGAGAAAAUGCAUUCAAGCUGUGGAAACAAGAGGCAUCACGAUUUUAGGCCUCUACCGAAUAGGAGGCGUGAACUCCAAAGUUCAGAAACUCAUGAACACCACAUUUUCUCCAAAAUCACCUCCUGACAUGGACAUUGACAUUGAACUGUGGGAUAAUAAGACAAUAACAAGCGGACUGAAAAACUACCUCAGGUGCCUUGCAGAACCACUGAUGACUUACAAGUUACACAAAGACUUUAUUGUUGCUGUUAAAUCUGAUGACCAAAACUACCGGGUGGAGGCUGUACAUGCCUUGGUGCACAAAUUGCCAGAGAAAAACAGAGAGAUGCUGGACAUCUUAAUAAAGCACCUGGUCAAAGUAUCACUACAUAGUCAACAAAAUCUCAUGACUGUUUCAAACCUUGGUGUCAUAUUUGGCCCAACUCUAAUGAGAGCACAGGAAGAAACUGUGGCUGCUAUGAUGAAUAUUAAAUUUCAGAAUAUUGUGGUUGAAAUUCUGAUAGAGCACUAUGAUAAGAUUUUUCAUACUGCCCCAGACCCAAGCAUUCCCCUUCCUCAGCCUCAGUCUCGAUCUGGAUCCCGAAGGACACGUGCAAUCUGCCUUUCCACAGGCUCCCGGAAGCCCAGAGGGAGGUACACUCCGUGCUUGGCCGAACCUGAUAGUGACUCCUAUAGCAGCAGCCCAGCGAGCACACCCAUGGGGAGCAUUGAGUCCCUCUCCUCUCACUCCUCUGAACAAAACAGCAACACAAAGCCCGCUUCCUGCCAGCCCAGGGAGAAAUCUGGAGGGAUUCCUUGGAUUGCAUCCCCAUCACCGUCCAAUGGACAGAAAAGUCUUGGUCUCUGGACAACUAGUCCGGAAUCCAGUUCUAGAGAAGAUGCAACCAAAACGGACGCAGAAUCAGACUGCCAGAGUGUUGCCUCCGUCACUGGCCCAGGGGAUGUUUCCCCCCCCAUAGACCUGACCAAGAAAGGGCCUCAUGGGGUUUCUGGACAGAAAAGAGCCUCAGCGACCUUUCUCAAGUCCAUCUCUGCAGCUGAAGGAAACAAGAGCUACAGUGGUUCCAUUCAAAGCUUAACUUCCAUAGGUUCCAAAGAGACGCCGAAAGCCCCACCACACCCAGACCUGCCUCCAAAAAUGUGCAGGAGGUUAAGGCUGGACACUGCUGCGAGCAAUGGCUACCAGCGGCCUGGCUCCAUUGUGGCAGCGAAAGCCCAACUGUUUGAAAAUGUUGGUUCAGUUAAGCCAGCUUCUUCUGGGCGCCAAGCCAAAGCCAUGUACUCCUGUAAAGCCGAGCACAGCCACGAGCUCUCCUUCCCCCAGGGGGCGAUGUUUUCCAAUGUGUACCCAUCAGUGGAACCAGGAUGGUUGAAGGCAACUUAUGAAGGCAAAACAGGACUAGUCCCAGAAAAUUAUGUUGUCUUCCUCUAAUGUUAUUUAGCGGAUGGCAGUAUCUUCAUGGUAUCCAUGGUAACAAAUAAUAAGUGCUAUGAUUUUAUCUGACACAGAUAUGGGGAUCAGCCCACUAAAUGAAAACAGACAAUUUCUAUCAAGUCCUACACCAGCAGACUAUGUAGCUCCCUACUAAUGGAAAAGGAAAAGAGAAGGUUAAAUUGUUUGCCACUCUUUUUAUUUUUUAGCUGGUUUCUUAUUUAAAAGUAUCUUUCUUUUUGAUAACUAACUCUCCACAUGUUUCCUCCAUUACAAUUGAGAAUCUCAAAUACUGUAUAAGCAAUUACAUCCAAAAAUUUGAAAAGCAGAAGUCUGAUACAAGGAUUUUGGAAUCUGUCCUUAGCUCUCUGGCUUUCUCUGAGGAACCUUGAAAUCAUGACUUAAAAAUGUAUUUAAAUUGUUCAUUUAUUAUUUUUUCUUAAAAAUAUACUGCUCUUAUACAUGAUUGUUUUGCUGGUCCUAAACAUUUCAAGGAAAUAAGUUUUUUUUUUAAUGUAACUUUAUUUUUGUUUACCAAGUAGAUUAUAAUAUUCAAAAGCAAUGAUGUAUAUGAUGUGUGAUGUCUGUAAAUGAAGCCAAAUUAAGUCAUACACUGAGUCCACUUUGAACACUCCAUCCAAAAUUCCAGACACCUUCCAUAGACUUUGAGCAGGGAUCAGCAACCUGUUUCUGUAAAGGCCUAAUAGUAAGCAUUUUGUCCUUUGCAAGCCCGGUAGACUCCAUCACAACACUUAUCUCUGCCGUCCUGCAGGAAGCAGCCGUAGACAGUAAAUAAAUAGGCGAGCGUGGCUAUGUGCCUAUACAACUUUCUAUAUGGACCCUGAAAUUUGAAGAUCUUAUUAUCAUGAGACACAAAAUAGUCUUAUUUGACUUUCUAAAAUCCAUUUUAAAAUCUAAAAGCUGUUUUCAGCUGAUGGGUCAUACAAAAACAGGUGGUGGCAAGUCAAAUGUGACUCGUGACUCAUGGUUUGCUGACCCCUCGUUUAGAGGAUAUGUAAAAGUAUCCUUAUAACUUUGGGGUUUUUAUGAAAUUUUAUUACAUUAACAUAUAAAUACUGAUAAAUCAUACACACAUAUCCUCUGCUAGUAGCAUUAUAAUGGCAUCACUAGAGUAUAGUUACCAUAAGAGAAAAACAAUUUAGAAGUGUAAUAUCAAGGCACACAACUUAAAUUCUACUUGUAACACUAAAGUGUCAAAGAAUUUUAUUAAUACCUAAUUCUGGUUAAUGAGAAAUUCUCUACAAAUGAUAACGUUUUAAGACACUACUAGAGAAGCCAUGCCUUCUGAAGUCUAUGCUUAAACAGAAUUUAAACGUAAAGGUACAGCAUUCUUAAAUUAUUUAAACCACACAAUUUUAAAAUGGUUUUUAUCAUUUUUAGCAGGAAUAAAAUAUGUACAUGAUUUUUUUAGGAAUUCCACUGAAUUUAUAGAAUAUAGAAAUUUAAUACCCAUUUAUAUAUACCUUCAACAUCUGGUCACGCAUCAACCUUUAUUUCUAUUAUCUCAGUAAUUCUGAUGUAUUAUUUCUAUAACUAUUUGCAUGUGGCAAAGAGCCUUUCUUCUCGAGAUUCCAAAAAGCUGGUUACCUGCCCUCUGACAGCCACAGUGCUGGCCCACGGGGCUCCGUUUUACCCUUACUUCAGAGUUCUCCACUGUACAGACACUCAGGUAUUGACUGUGUAAAACUCUUUUUAUGUGAUACUAUAACCUGUAAUCUCAAUCUCUUUUACUUUAAAUUAAUAUUUUUAGAGUUAAUAGAUUACACGCCCUCACAUACGCGUGUACACAACUAUGCCUUGGAACAUUUAUGCUUUUAAAAUUAAAAAUGUAAUAAGAGUGUAGAAUUUAAAAACAAAGAGAAUAGCAGUAGGUGGAGUCACAACCAGAAAUAAAUAUCAGUGCAUUGGAAUGAAAAAUAUUUAAUGUUAUAAAAAUUAGUAAUAUAAUGAAAAAAUCUGAUAAAUGUUGCUUUUUCCCUUUGCCUCCUGCUGUCCAUUUUUGUACACAAUAAUGGGGUGUUGCUAAAGCUUCUCGAUCUCUAGAUCCUUGGUGGCCAUUACUAGUGAUAAUAGCUUUGUUGACACCUUCAACUACCCUCUGCUGGAACAGAAGGUUGUCUUUCCAGUGUACCAGUUCCUUAGUCUGUACAACACUCAGUUUAAGCACCCUUGCCGUUGUCUGGCAUCCUACCAGAUUACAACCUCUUAAAGCAAAUUGAUUUUCUGCCAAAGACCAACUUGACUCCAAAAGGAGAUUCAGAAUUCUACUUCACUUGCUGCAUAAGGAAAUCUCACCCUUCAUUUUAUUUUAACACAGACCACAGUGUUCCUGCCUCUGAGUUGUCUGUGAGCUAAUUCCCCUGAUGCUCAGUCAGGAAUUAAAGCUUUUGCUGUAUACCAUGUGGGUGUGAAGCUCUUUCUCCUGGUGAGGCAUAUCUUGUGGCAGGACUUGCUGUAGUCCCUUUUAUUUUGAAACAAGCUACAAAAGUGCUUCUUCAAAUUGCAUUUCUGUUUGAAGUUUUAAUCUAUAAGAUUUGUGAGAAUGGCGCUUUUUUCUUCAUACCAAUUACACGUGUAACCAAGUCAUGAUCUUGUAUUGGAGAUAGAUUAAAGCUGCUUUUCUCAAGAAAUAAAUUUCCUACAGAUAAGGUUUUAUUUAUGAGCAUUGGGAAAAUCAGGAUAUGUGCACUGAAUCACAAUAUUAGUAAAACAAGAAAGUAAUGCCUGUUGUUGGAAGAUCGCAUUCAAAAUUGUAAUAGCACUUCAGUAAUGAAACCUUAGCUUUCCAGAAACAUUAAGUUAUAUUAGAAUUGCUACAUCCACAUACUCCAAAUAUGCAAUGUGGACACCCUAACCAUUGGUUACACUAUAAUCAGUAUGAAGAUGAGAUUGUUGAGUCAGUCAUCCUGUGUCAUGUAAAACUAUCACCAAGAACAAAACACUUAUGUAUUUAACAAGUGACUCUUACUGUGCCAUAACUACCAAGUUUAAAGAAAUUAGUCUGUGAACUGAAGGCUUUUUCUGUUGUGUUAUGUGAAUAUAUAUGCCCGAACUGUAGAAUAAUAUUUGUAUUCCUGUAAAGUCCAUGAAGUAUGAGGAAGUGCUUUCUGCUUGUUUUAUGUGAGUGGUUUUGCUAAUUGUACCAGCACUCUGUGCUUUCAAAUAUGAAUGAGUGUAACCAGGUUCCUCAACAACGGCUUGAUUGCUGGCCCUGUAAGGGAUGGUAGAGAAACAAAAAAGGUACCUUACAAUCCCAAACAAUCCAGAUUCCCAAAUAGGAAGAAUAAAGAUACAUAAUGACUUGUUCUUAUUCUAGAUAUUUGUUUUACAUACUGUGGCAUGCUUUUUACAUUUCCCCUGUGUUGUAAGGAAUAUAAACCUGCCACCUUAAUCCCGUGAAGCUCACACCCUGUAAACCUCACUCCCAGCCUCAUUCUUUGGUCUGUGUCUGACAUGAGAAAGGAUAUCAUCCACAUUGACACUGGGGUAGAGGAGCCCUGUAGAGCCUUUCUUCAAACAAUGGCAAUUUGUAGUGACCCUCCUACAUUAUGUAUUGAGGGUACUUUCAUUAGCAUUUAAAACCCCAAUUUAGGUUUUUUGGGUUUUUUUUUUAAACAAGCUACUAAAGUGCUUCUUCAAGUUGUGUUUUUGUUUGAAGUUUUAAUCGAUAAGAUUUGACUGAAGUUAGAAGCAGGGCAAUUCAGGAACAGAUUUUGUUCUUUGGUUUUACAAUUCAUUUAUAAUUUGCAGCUGUUACUUUGAGCUAAAAACACUGGAUGGGACCCCCCCAAAA